CUGUCCUGCUCGAACCACAUGACUAGGCUACACUAUCUUUCGCGCGGCAGUGGGUUCUCCUAGCAACACGGAUGACCGGCAGCGGUGUGGAGGUCUUAAUAUCACUCGCAGAACUGAAGAAAGCUCGGGACCGGGCGAGAGGUGCCUGUGUUUAAAAAGAAGAGCUCUCUCAUCAAGGAUCAGACGGUUGUUUUCCUGGUAUGGCCGCCGCAGGUGUGUGUGGCCCCACACCCCUGGUGUUCCGGCUACACGAGGGAGCCCCAGAGCUGGUGAGAGAGGUGCUGCUGGAGAGAGGCUGGGAGGAGUAUGAUGAGCAGGGGCAGGAGGAGGGAGGCUGGAACCUCUACUGGCGCACCUCAGCCUUCCACAACUCAGACUAUGAGAACAUACUGCCAUGGCAGAGACUCAACCAUCACCCCAAGACUGUGGGCAUCACCCGCAAGGAUUGCCUGGCCAGAAACCUGAAGAGAAUGAGAGGGACGUUCGGCUCGGGUCUUUACAACUUCAGUCCGACAACUUUCAUCCUCCCCAAUGAUUACACCAGGUUUCUGGCAGAGUACACCAAGCAUCGUUUGAAGAAUGGAGGCAGGUCGGGGUAUUGGAUCUGCAAGCCAGUGGAUCUAUCAAGAGGCAGGGGCAUCUUUAUCUUUGAGGACAUCAGAGACUUGGUGUAUGACUCCUCAGUGAUCGUUCAGAGAUACAUCAGCAAUCCUCUCCUCAUCUCAGGGUACAAAUUUGACCUUCGGAUCUAUGUUUGUGUGAAAAGUUUUCAGCCCCUCAUCAUCUACAUGCAUCAGGAGGGAAUGGUACGCUUUGCGACUGAGAAAUACAAUUUGACAUCUUUGGACAACCUUUAUUCUCACCUGACCAACACGAGCAUUAAUAAGUUUGGCCCCUUCUACACAACAGACAAAGAGAGAGUGGGACAAGGAUGUAAGUGGACUAUGAGUAAAUUCCGCUGCUUUCUUCAUAGCCAAGGUAUCAAUGAACUGUUCCUCUGGCAAAAGAUCAACAACAUUGUCACACUAACUUUGCUCACCAUAGCCCCUUCUGUACCUUCCAGUCCCAACAGUGUUGAGCUCUUUGGGUUUGACAUCCUAAUUGAUGCCAAAUAUAAGCCAUGGCUACUAGAGGUUAACUACAGCCCUGCUCUCACCAUUGACUGCCAAGUAGACGUGACAGUCAAGAAAGUACUUCUCAAUGAUCUGGUUGAUCUGAUGAACUACAAGUCCAUGGACAGCGUUAGACAGAGAGGAUAUCUCAAACAGAAGUACAAACGCCCCUGCUAUCUAGGCAGCCAGUCUCUGCGGUCCCCAGUGCUCCCCAAGUCUAUGUGUGAGCACCACCCAGGAAACAAGAAAAGUUACAGCAUCCAUUCUACGUUUUCUGACAGUAUGAGAUUCUUUCCAUCAGUUGAGAUGAACCGGAUCCGCACUGCAAGGAAUUCCAUAAGCAACACCAAGCGCUCGGCUCUGAAUCCAAUACUCAUCCCACAUUCAAAGACUGCAGCUGUAACUGGAAACAGAAAGACACAUCCAGUGCUCUCACAGAUGACAGAGGCCAUCCAGUGGUCUGAGGCUUCAGACAUAGAGUCAGAGUUUGAUGACAGAAACCUGUCCACACGUGUUAGCCCGUGGCAGGCCUCAAGGCAACCAGCCGGGGGCUGCUGUAAGCUACCUGCCAUUCACAUUCAAAAGUACAAGACUCCUAAAUUCCCAUGGGACCCUAAAAGCCAAGAUAAGAGCACCCCACCACUCCGUGUGGGAGACUUCAUACUGACGUUUCCUUUUAAUGAGGUCACACUGAAGGCGUCGUGGGACAAGCUCAACGUUAAGACUGCAGUCCACGAGGUUCACAAGCUCAUCAGCCAGCUAGCAUCAGGAUGUAGCCACAUACAGAAGAGAGGGACGGAAGAUGAGUUGGAUAGAUGCAAAGAGAAAAAGGAUUUUGGGUCUUUGUUUUGGGGACCUACUAACCCUCCUCUACUUAGUGAGUGCCACUUGUCAAACUAA